CUUACGUAUUUUGCCAGACAAUGCGCAUGAACUCUGUUCAGGCCGUUUGCACGUCUCACUUACACGGCUGGCCAAAUACUUCUCUCGACUGCAGCAAUAGCUGCAUUCGGGAGAAUCAAGAGAUAGAGCAAAAAAAGACCUGUGCUCUUACCACGGCACGUGACAUGCACGUCACGGUCAUCCUCACUGACGGCGAUCCCAUCGUAGGCCGACACGCGGAGAGCUAACUGGAUUUAUGACAGGACUACUAGACAGGACGGCAACCAUAUGACCAAGUUGAUUCCCAGUCAUCUGUAGAUACUUGAGACUAACACACAAGGAUUUCUUGAUUCGUUAAUCGUUGAUCGUUGGUGAUCCGGGUCCCUGUUUGUGUUCCGCACCAUAAUUUCAAGCCAUACACGUAAUAUAGUUGGCAGUGUGGAGCAAGUUCGUCGUUACUGGCGUUUAUUGUUGUUUCGGCUUUCAAUGAUCUGUCCGUAGCGCGUUGAAGACUAUGAGAAGUCAUGAUGAAGGCAAUCCGAUUAUUAUCAUCCCCAUUCGCCCGUUGUCUCCCUUUUACUGUUAAAAAUUACUCAAAAAUAGUGCUAUCUAAGUCGCAUUACAUAUCAAAUCGAACCAUUAUGUACGCUGGGUCUGACUGAACAGCGCGUUUAUGCGACGUAGUACCAAGAGCCGGCAGAACGAGAUCCGUUUAGAAAGGAAGCUGGCGUCUUGGACAAAAAAUGUUUCUAAUGACGUAAGCAGCUAAGCUCUCUAAGGGAGACCAUUACGGGCAAGAGGAGCGUUUGGAAAAACAUUAAUAGCCGUCUCUAUAUGUGAGCGUGUGUCAGCAGUGCAAACUGUUACGGAAUCAUUACGUGGAAGAGACAUUGACGCUCAGGUGGUCCCUGUUGUCUGCAAUCCCGCGCAGAGUAUUACCGCUAGACGAGCGUGCGCUGAUGGCGCUGUUGUGUCGUUCCAUCUACGUAGGGUCACCCGAUGCGUUGCCAUAAUUCCGGCAUGGAACAUCCCCAUCGAUUGGCUUGCUGGCACCUUUUCUGUGUAUCGGACGGCGCAAAUGUUCUAUUAAAUCAAUUCAGUUCUAAGGAGGAACUGGUCACCGUGCUCAUGUGUUCCUGCUUCAUCCCGUUCUACUCUGGACUCGUACCACCGAAGGUCAACGGAGUAGCAUACAUGGAUGGCGGAUUCAGUGAUAAUCUACCGUUGCUUAAUGAGAAUACUAUUACGGUUUCACCAUUCUCAGGCGAGAAUGACAUCUGUCCUGAGGACGAAAGUUUCAACUUGAUGCUUGUCCACCUGUCAAACACGUCGAUUGCAGUUAGUCCUGCAAACUUGUAUCGCUUUGUCCGAAUCUUGUUUCCGCCGCAUCCCGAAAUACUUGCGCGGAUGACCCAACAAGGCUUUGACGAUGCUGUUAAAUACCUUCAACGUCACAACCUUAUCUCGUGUACCCGCUGCCUUGCCGUGAAGUCGUCGUUUGACAUUACGGUAGAAGAUGAGGAGGGUGUGGUCGAUCCCUCUCAAACAGAAUCAACCUCCGAUACUUUACGUGUUUUUGCCGAUUCGCAUCCUUACGACGGCUGUGACGACUGUAAGCUUCAAAAACGAAUGGCUGAUUUGGCCUCGCUGCCCGAGCCUAUUCAGGCCCCAAUGCUUGCAGCCGCCGAAAAUGAGAAUCGUGGAAUCGUCAACUGGUUGUUCAAGCACAGGCCUGUUAAGGUGUUAUCGCUACUAACGCUUCCGUAUGUACUUCCGUUCGACAUCACAAUGUCAAUUGCUUCAAAAUUUUGCAAGCUAAUCCCUGUCCUACGACACGAGUUGACCGCAAGUCUCUUUAAUGUAAUCGACAAACUGCGCGAAAUCGCGGUUCCUGAACAGGUCAGCGUCACUGACGAAAAGCCCUAUCCACGGCGACGCGUUUCCAAGGUCUCGUUGCCGCCCAUUGGUUCUCCUAUGGGUGCACGCCCUCCUGCGUCCAACACCUUCUCUUGCCAGCUGGCCAUCACUGAAUUCAACUACAGUCUCGACGCUACCGCCCGCCCAUCAAAGGCACGCUCACGCAGUAUGGAGAACCUACAAACUGGAUCGAGACCGGCCGUCACCGAUAUACAGAAACGACGUCAGCGCAAAUCCUACGCGGGUGUACCCUACGAGAAACGGGUACUGUCCGAACUGAAUCUCGGCUCAAAGCUCUCGCUUUCACAGACGCUCAGCCGUCGUCGCAAGACCAGCGUCAUGGACGCGCUACGUUCACUGGAUACAGGCCUGCCUUCGGUCAGCUCGGCAAUUGAUCUAACUAAUGACAUGCUUGAUCACGAGCGCGGCUCGCUUCACCAGUCACAAGCACAGUCUCUUGAACAAAUGCUAGAUGUAACCCAGAAAAAGGAAGCACUAAUGGCAUUCUACUACACUGAUGAGAAUAACCGCAUGAAUGUCACAGAAAUUUUUGACGUAUCUGAGAGCACUGAAACACCACAGACAAGUCCAGAGCGGCCGUUAUGUAAAGCUGGCUCUGCUGAAGGAUCCAGCGCUGCAGGCGGUAACGGUGGAAAUGGUCGGCAAAGGCGAAUGCCAGUGUACUAGCUAGUUUUCGCCGAUACUAAGAGUGCGUCGACGGAGGUCGAUGUUCAGGGCUGAACCAGCGAGUAGCAUAAGAAAAGUAACUGAGUGAUAAUUUUAUUUAUAUAAGGCGAAAAUAAAUGCGAGAAGUGUACGCGAACAUAUCGAAUUUGUAGGUGAGGAAGUAAGUGACGACUGCUUUGUGUUUAUGGAUCGGAAUACUUCCCCUACACACAUAUAUAUAUAUAUAUAUAUAUAUAUAUAUAUAUAUAUAGACUAUAGAUUUUGUGUAUAUAUAAACAAUAUUACUCGGAUUGAGUCUGAAUCGUACAACUUUGGAUAAUGUGAGGAACCGUUUCCAUGUUGUGAUGACUUCCGUUCUGAAAAAUAUGAGGUAACUGAAUUAUUAACAGGGUCUUCAGAGACAAACGUUAGAUAGACAUUAAAGUUUUCACACGAAUCCUAGAAAUUUUACUAUCAUAUAUUAUAUGUGAGACAAAAUCGUAUAAAUGUACAUACGAUCUUUUGCCGUAUAAAGCGUUUCAACGACGACCAGCUAAAACGUGGUGCACGACUAAAAAGAGUAAAUAAUAAAUCAAUACGCUGUUGUCGAAAACUAACAAGGCAAACAAUUAAUAUUCUCAACGGUUAUGCGAAAAUGAGCCACACCCGAAAAGAAGUUGUGAUGUUACUUAGGCAAUAUACCGUAUAAUAAAUAAAGCGUUAAUUUAUUGCACUGCAGUGAAAUAACAGCUUCUCGUGACAUAAACAUUCGUAAGUGGCGGCAACUGAUAAGGCAGGUACCUACGUAGAAAAUAAUACGUUAAUGGUAAAUAGAGACUGCAACAGGUUUUUUUCGUACGAUUCGAUCCCAGCAUAAAGACAAAAUUUUGCACACAUCAUCACUGUGAUAUCUUGGUUUGAUUGGAAAAAGGCUAGCGUAUUCUCAUGAUUAGGCACAUACCGGCACUAGAUGAGUAUUACGUUAAUAUAAGAGCCGAAGAGUAAACCUUCAAAAGGUUACCAAAAAGAAUAAACGGGAAUAAAUUAAGAAAAAAAAAAAACAGUUUAUUUGAGUUUGCUUGUAACAACUUCAUUUCCUACAAUCAACGUCACUCUAGUUUUUUUUCCAUAUCGCUGUGUCGAGCGAGUGUGUUCUACUUACGGUAGUGGCAAAGUGCUAAGAGUAAUUAUAAUAAUAACCCUUGUACAAACAAUAUUAAUUGUAUUAUUAUAAUCUGGACAAUAAAUAGUUUUUUUUUCUAUACAACGCUGUGUAUAUAUAUGUAUGUAUGUAUGUAUGUAUGUAUGUAUCGACGUCACUCUCAUCCUUAUUACUACUUUCAUGGCAAAAAUAGAAUCUACACGACCAGCCAGAGAGGCACGUUUUGAGCAGAGCAGAACAGAAUACGUACGUUAUACACACACGCAGGUGGAUGGA